AGUUAUUCCACUGUAUCUUUCAGCUUUACAUUUGAAAAUAUGUGCAUGCGACUAGAGUGUAUGUGUAUCUUACGUCUUUUUAUGGCUCUACUGCUCUAAAUAAGUAAUCCAGAGUCUGAUCGGUUAUGCUCAAUAUUGUUGUUUUAACUAGACAUUGCGUACAUUAAAAAGGUCACGGUUUAAGUGACAGUGACAGCAGGACGUUUGUCCCUCAUGCCUCCUCUGCCGGGCGCUGAGCUCGUGCGCACGCCUGUGCAGCUGUACCGCUAUCUGCUGCGUUGCUGUAAACUCCUGCCAUCAGCUGCGAUGCAGAAACACUAUCAACAUGCAAUCCGACAGAGCUACAACAGUCAUGCAGAUGAGGACGACCCCGAAAGGGUACAGAUGAUCAUUCAAAGAGCAGUAUCUGAUGCUGACUGGAUAUUAAAUAAAUAUGCAAAAAAGAAGUGACUACCGUGAAGGACGAGUGGAGCAAUUUUGGCAUGAAACAAAGUGAAAACUGACCAGAGGGAUAGUUUUGUCAAAGGUCAAAGGGCAUACUUGCACAGGAACCAGCUGACCGAGACUCAGUAAAAUGAAACCAGACGCAGGUCAUAGAUCAAGAAAUUUAUAAGAACAAAAAACAUCUUUGAUGCCUUUAAACACUUCCAAUUAUACUCUGGUUAGUAACUAAAGCAUAGAGAAACUCUAAAUUCUGAAAACUUACAAUGUAUUACUCAAAAAUGAAAAUAAUAAAGCAGGGUCCAAGCUC